AUGAGAUGGUCUGUAACUUUUUUAUUUCCAGUGUCUUGCGAACCAUGCGAAGACGAGUGGAUAUUCGUGGCCAGAGUGCACUCGUGCUAUAUGGCUCCUCAUCAUCCGCUCACUUGGCUUGAUGCCGAAGAGUACUGCCAGCAGUCCGGAGCUCAUUUGGUCUCUGUUAACAGCAUCAAGGAGUCUGACUACAUCAGAAUGCUGGCUGACCAACACAAUCCACAGUUUCUAACAUGGAUAGGGCUUUCGAGGGACGAUAACACAACUGAAUCACCCUUCAGAUGGUCUGAUGGAAGCGAUUUGAGUUACACGUCUUUCAGAGAGGGUGAGUCGAUGAAAGCUUAA